AUGCCCCCAAUCAAGCCUUCACCGCCGACCAAGACCUCGGCCCUGAGUCGGCCUGAAGUUGUUGCCCUGAUUGACCUACAGGGUAAGCUGCUGGGGGAAUCCACGGAGCGCAUGCACCAAGAUCACUCACUCCAGAUUGAGCGACUUCACUCCCGUCCCCCAAUCAAGCCUUCAAAGAGCAUCGAAUUCCCUCAUGCUGAUGUCAUUGAAAUGAAGGCGCGAGAGAAUGUCCUGAAGAGAGCCAACGAGGCGCUGCAAGCCCAGGUGAAUGCAAUGGCGAGAGAGAUCGACAGUCUGAAGGCAGAUAACGCUAAAUUACAAGACAGAAUGGACUACCAAGAGGACCAGAAUCGCCGCAAUAAUAAGCGAUUCACCGGCAUCCCAGAGGAAAGCGGCGAGAACUGGCAGCAGCGUCAGCAGAAGCUGACCAAUCUUCUCCGUCAGCAUCUACACAUCUCCCCGCAAAUCAAGCGCGCACAUCGCGUGGGGCAGCCGUCUCGUGAUAAGCCUCGAGAUAUCGUCGCCAAGUUUACAAGGUUUGCAGACCGCGAGUUAGUCUACAGAGACAAACCCAAAUUUAAAAAUGCCCCCUUCAAGGUAUUUGUCCAUGAGGAUUUCUGCCCCGGAACCAUCCAAGCUCGCAAGGAUCAGAUGGAGCAGCUGAGGCAGGCCAGGAGCGAAGGCAAAACCGCUUACUUCAGCUACAGGAUGUUAGUGGCAACUAAAAGAAAACGUACUCGCCCGAAUCCUGGCUCGACGCUCCCUCUCCCUCCUCCUGGGUCUGACUCUGAUGAUCUGCAGCUGCCCACUCCACUAGAGCCACGCCCACCUCGAGGCUCCCUGUCUGACCCACCAUCCCCUGUGCUCCAGCGACCUCCAUGCGCCACCCCACGUCACGACCCACCUAUGCAAAAAGCAGCUAAGACUCCUGAAGGAGCUUUUCGCUACAGCAGGUCUCCGCAGCCGAUGCAGAGCAAUGCCUCCUUCUCCCCUGUGAGCCAAAGGCUUCGAGGUAAGCCAUAUUAA